AUGUCUUGCUUUCUGCUGACAUGCCUAGAGAUGUUUGUCAAAAUGCUUUGUGAGAGCCUGCAUAAAGAAAUAGAUGAUUUUCCACUGUACUCAGGACGUUUUGCAGAAAAUUUUGUUUGCAACCCUGAGUCAGAACUUUGCAUGCUUGGCAAAUGUAAAAAGUGUGCAAAAUGCCCCAGCUUGUUGCAAAAAAUAAGGUCAAGUGCAGGAAACCUUGAUGAGCAUGCAACAUGGUAUCAGUGGGAGCAUGUGGAACAAAUGGUGCAGGCAAAGAAAGGAAAAAGAAUGAAAAGGGUAAACAAAAUUCAGAAAGUUCUGAAAGAGGGUACUGUUGAUGAUUUACUGGAAGAUCUAGAAGUUCAGCUGCCAUCAUUCUUAGAACAUGUUUUUGUAAAGUGACAACAGUGUUGCGGAAUCUUCCACUGCGUUUGGAAUAUCUCCGCGUCCGCUGGUUCAACAAACAAUCAGGACUGUAUCUUUCACUUUUUUCGCUUUAUUUCGUUCGUUCAUUCGUACAUCAAAAUCGUUCUAAACGUUCUACUCAAAAUUACAAUGCUUACUAGUUUUAUGGUUACCACAAGUAAACGCCUUGACUACGUAUGUCCGGCCGCAAACCGAACUUGGCAAAGGCUCACUAUUAUUUCUUGCGAUCUAACACAUGAGCGUGAUACCUAUUUCCUUAACAUAUCCCACAUUAUCCACCUUAAUUAUUAUUUACCGCGCAUAAACCGAUUACAAUCAAAACCACUAAGGUUGAUAAAAACAAACCGAGUCAAUUCUAUUAUUCGUCAUAGGAUGUGGUUACACGCCUAAGAUAAUUUUCUACUUGCAAGGCAAAAUCAACUGUUCAACAAUUACGAAAAAUAAUACUAAUAACUUGUUAUAACAAACAGGCAAGAAUUUUUAAAGAGAAGAUAGAACAUCUGACAGAGGAAGAGGCAGUGGUGCAAGUUGAUUUUGCUGAAAAUUUCAGCUGCAAGUACCAGGGGGAAGUUCAGUCAGCACACUGGAGCCAAGACCAAGUUACCCUGUUCACUGUUGUAAUCUGGACAAAGUCUGGAGACAAAAACAGCUGUUGUGAAUCUCACGUCAUUGUUUCAGAUGAUUUGAAGCAUGACAAAAACAUCUGUUGCCGUGUUCAACGACCUUGUGAAGGGGAGACACCCAAACAUAACUCGAGUUUGGAUAUUUUCAGAUGGACCAAGCUCGCAGUUCAAGAACAGGUACAUUGCCCAUGUUCUCCAUUUACUUCAAGGUCAAGGUCUUAA